UGGAGGAAUGGAAAGCUUCCAGCACCGCUCCAACUAUUAUCUCUCUGUUUUCGCUUGAACUGCUGCAGCCUCGCGCUGCACGGACGUCUACCAUCAAAAUAUACGCUAUUUCCACCUUCUUCGACAAAUGAACUGAAUCGGAAUAGUACUACAUUCCUCCCGUCAUGAGUAUUUCGGAGAGUACUGAGCUGUUUGAGAGAUUUUGAGACAGAAAAAAACUGUUUCCUGGCCGUUCGUACUUCGACAGAUUUCUCUAAGCAGAAUCCACUCGUUUUAGAAGUAAGAAGUUUGUCUGUCUGGGCGCCACAUUUGCGCUGAAGGUUUUUUGGUGAAUAUCAUCGUCAGGACAAGUUUUUGUUUAUUUUACAGACUAUUCAGUCAACAGUUGCCUUAUUUAUUGGUUGCUCUCCAUGUGCAGAGUGACAUGCGGAGGCUACUGCAAUCGUGUUGUUGCUGGAUCUUGUCUCUGAUUUUGUCAGCCUUCGUGUUCUGCUGGGCCGUCUGUCAUCCCGCCUUGGCAGCAGAUCAGCUGGGGUCUUCGCCGGGAGGGCAGGAUGCCUCUGUGCCCGCGUCCAGACUCAGGAGGGCGGCCGAGGAGCCCUACUGGGCCUACUCAGCAGGGACUCAUGGACCAGACGGGGGCUGGACAUCAGCCUAUCCGGAAUGUAAGGAGAAGAACCAGUCGCCAAUCAACAUUGUCGAUACCGACACAAAGAUCUCCGUGGAAUACCAAGAGCUAACCCUGGACGGGUUCGAGACAGAAUCCUCGAACAAGACCUCAAUGAAAAACACAGGAAAGACUGUGGCAGUUCUGUUGAAGGAUGAGUACUACGUGCGGGGCGCAGGCCUUCCCGGCCGCUUCAAAGCGGAGAAGGUGGAGUUCCACUGGGGCCAGAGCAACGCCUCAGAGGGCUCGGAGCACAGUAUCAACGGACACCGCUUCCCCGUGGAGAUGCAGAUCUACAUGUAUAACUCAGAUGAUUUCGACAGCCUUAACACAGCCAUUCGUGAGAAGCGGGUAAUAGCUGCCAUGGCAGUGUUCUUCCAGGUGGGUAUGAAGGACAAUCCAGCUGUGGAUCCCAUCAUCCAUGGCCUCCGAGGAGUGGUCCAUCACGAGAAAGAGACAUUUCUGGAGCCCUUCAUUUUGAGAGACCUGCUGCCUUCGCAGUUGGGCAGCUACUACCGCUACAUCGGGUCCCUCACCACCCCACCCUGCAGCAAGGUGGUGGAGUGGAUCAUCUUCAGCCGACCGGUGUUCGUGUCCUAUAAGCAGCUCGAGGCCUUCUACUCCAUCUUCACCACGGAGCAGCAGGACCAUGUCAAGUCGGUUGAGUACCUGCGGAACAACUUCCGCCCGCUCCAGAGCCUGGACAACCGGGAGGUCUACAAGUCUGCCAUCAAGGACGCUUGGCUGCCUGACCAGACAGACUAUGGGAGUUCCUAUGAGACAGAGUCCUCCAAAGUGUGCAGCAGUGCGCCCACCAACAUGCGGGUCCAGCCGCUGAACCGCACGGCCCUGGUGGUGAAGUGGACGCGGCCGGACAAUAGCUACCAUCCGCCCAUCACCAGCUACCUCAUCUCCUACAGCUGGACCAAGCACGACGAGUCGUACGAAGAGACCUACAUCAAAGACAUCAAAAGCGGCGACCAGAAGCUGGAGGCUAUCAUCUCCCCCGUGUCGCCGGAUGUCCUAUAUCUCUUCCGAGUUCAAGCCGUGUGCAGAAACGAAUUGAGCAGUGACUUCAGCAACAGUAUACUCCUAAGAGCAAACACGACGAGCCGAUUUGAAGGCACCCGGAUUGUGAAGACCGGCAUGCCCACCAUCUCUCCGGCAUCUUCUGCGGACAUGGCUCCCAUCAGCUCUGGCUCCUCCACCUGGACCUCGUCGGGCAUCCCCUUCUCCUCCUUCGUCUCCAUGGCGACAGGCAUCGGUCCCUCGUCCAGCGGGAGCCAGGCCACGGUGGCGUCGGUGGUGACCAGCACGCUGCUGGCCGGACUGGGCUUCAGCGGCGGGGUCAUCUCGUCCUUCCCUAGUUCUGUGUGGCCCAGCCGAGGCCCCACCACCACCACCACCCCUAAACCGGCCACUACCGGAGGCUCCGCCGGACACCACAACAACCCGGCCAACCCCCAGCCGCCCAGCGGGAACGAGCCGGCCGCCGCGUCGCCCGCUCAGGAGGGGGACGGAGCUGCGGCCGCAGACGGCGAGCGUGCCGGGCAGGACAAGGGCGACAAGACGGGCAAAGGCGAGGGAGAGGAGGAGGACAAGGGAGAAGGAGAGGAGGAGGAGGAGGAGGAGGACGAGAGCGGCAGCAGGAGGGCCAGAAGGGGCGCCAGCAGGACCUCCGCCAUGACCUGGGGCUCCACGGCCGCACGGACUCCUGCCAGGAGAAAGAGGCGAGGGAGGGCAGAAAACGGCACGGCUCCCUCUGGUGGCGCGGAGGACUGGGCGGAGACGCAAGCCAGGCCCCCACCAGUUGAGAGAGCGUUGCCCGCGCGUGUGAGCCGGGCAACACACAUGGAGGGUCUGCCGCGUCCGGAACUGCCCUCUCCAAAUGGCAGGCCUACAGUGGACGGGAAGACCUGGCCAUUCGCCAUCCACCCAGAGAAGACCAGCGUGUCGAGCGUGCCCGCGGUGCCUGGGUCGGGCAGGAUGGAGUGGAUUAUCCCCUUAGUGGUGGUGUCAGCGCUGACCGCCAUGUGCCUGGUUCUGCUGCUGGCCGUGCUCGUCUACUGGAGGAGGUGUUUCCAGACGGCUCAUUUCUAUGUGGAAGACAGCAGUUCCCCACGGGUGGUUCCUAAUGAGAGCAUUCCUGUCAUCCCCAUCCCAGAUGACAUGGAGGCCAUUUCCGUCAAGCAGUUCCUGAAGCACAUCUCUGAGCUGUACGCCAACAACCAGCAUGGCUUCUCCGAGGACUUUGAGGAGGUACAGCGGUGCACGGCAGACAUGAAAAUCACGUCGGAACACUCAAAUCACCCCGACAACAAGCACAAGAACAGAUACAUCAACAUCGUAGCCUAUGACCACAGUCGUGUGAAGUUACGGCCCUUGGCAGGGAAGGACUCCAAACACAGUGACUACAUCAACGCCAACUAUGUUGAUGGAUACAACAAGCCCAAGGCCUACAUCGCGGCCCAGGGGCCUCUGAAGUCGACGUUCGAGGACUUCUGGAGGAUGGUGUGGGAACAGAACACCAGCAUCAUCGUCAUGAUCACCAACCUAGUGGAGAAAGGAAGAAGAAAAUGUGACCAGUACUGGCCAACAGAGAACAGCGAGGAGUAUGGGAACAUCGUAGUGACUCUGAAGAGCACUAAGGUGUAUGCCUGCUAUACACUGAGACGGUUCACAGUGCGGAACACCAAAGUUAGAAAGGGUCAGAAAGGCAACCCCAAGGGUCGGCAGAGCGAGCGGACGAUCGUCCAGUACCACUACACCCAGUGGCCGGACAUGGGUGUGCCCGAGUACACGCUGCCCGUCCUCACCUUCGUGCGCAAGUCCUCGGCCGCCCAGACGCCCGACAUGGGCCCCAUGCUGGUGCACUGCAGUGCUGGUGUUGGCCGCACAGGCACGUACAUAGUCAUCGACAGCAUGCUGCAGCAGAUCAAGGACAAAGGCACGGUCAACGUCCUGGGCUUCCUCAAACACAUCCGCACCCAGCGCAACUAUCUGGUCCAGACAGAGGAGCAGUACAUUUUCAUUCACGAUGCCUUGAGGGAGGCCAUCCUGGACAAGGAGACCGAGGUGCUGGGCUCACAGCUCCACAGCUACGUCAACAGCAUCCUCACGCCCGGGCCAGGGGGCAAGACGCGCCUGGAGAAGCAGUUCAAGUUGGUGACCCAGUGCAACGCGCGCUUCGUGGAAUGCUUCAGCGCACAGAAGGAGUGUAACAAGGAGAAGAACCGCAACUCCUCCGUGGUCCCCUCGGAGAGAGCGCGAGUGGGUCUGGCUCCGUUGCCUGGGAUGAAAGGGACCGAUUACAUCAACGCCUCUUACAUAAUGGGAUACUACAGGAGCAACGAGUUCAUCAUUACACAGCAUCCCUUGCCUCACACAACUAAAGACUUCUGGAGGAUGAUCUGGGAUCACAACGCACAAAUCAUCGUCAUGCUGCCCGACAACCAAGGACUGGCGGAGGAUGAGUUUGUGUACUGGCCCAGCAGAGAGGAAGCCAUGAACUGUGAGGCCUUCACGGUCACACUCAUCAGCAAAGACAGACUUUGCCUUUCCAACGAGGAGCAGAUCAUCAUCCACGACUUCAUCCUGGAAGCCACACAGGACGACUAUGUUCUGGAGGUGCGUCACUUUCAGUGUCCCAAGUGGCCCAACCCAGAUGCCCCAAUCAGCAGCACCUUCGAGCUCAUCAACGUCAUCAAGGAGGAGGCCAUGACUAGGGAUGGACCCACCAUUGUUCAUGAUGAGUUUGGCGCGGUGUCGGCGGGGAUGCUGUGUGCCCUCACCACCCUCUCGCAGCAGCUGGAGAACGAGAACGCCGUCGGCGUCUAUCAGGUCGCCAAAAUGAUCAACCUCAUGAGGCCUGGUGUCUUCACAGAUAUCGACCAGUACCAGUACCUUUACAAAGCUAUGCUCAGUCUGGUGAGCACCAAGGAGAAUGGAGCUGGCCCCUUGGCCAUGGACAGAAACAGAGCCAUGGCCCUGACGGACGAGUCGGACCCGGCCGAGAGCAUGGAGUCUCUCGUCUGAGGGGCGGAGGAGCCACGAAGAGGCACUUACUUUGUAAAACUUCAAGGACUAGAGACAGACUUUUUCGAGGCCUUUUUUGCCAGACUCUUGGUUAAAUAAAUAACCUGAUUACUUUUUUACACUGAUAAAAAGUUUUUGAUAUUUAUUUUUUGCCAUUUUAUGUCUUAAUGUUAUCCUACUGAACAUUUUGCACCUAUGUUUUCGAGUUCACAAUGACAAAACCACACUUCUGUCUAGUUUGCACUAUGUAAUAUCAGUGUUACUGCCUAUAACCAAUCAGAUCUACCAUGUUGAUUUCCAAUGCCCAGAUUUUAACAUUCCAUCACAAAAGCUCACCCACUCAACUUCCCGGACCGUUUCGAAAGCGAUUCCCAUAUGCACAUUUCCAGCUCCCGCCAGAUGGAAAGAUCAAAGAUUAAGCUUGGCGUUCACCUGCAUGGCAUUGCAAGGCCCACAGCGAUGGCGAAAAAAUCUUCUCUCAAAAUUGACUUCUUUCGGUUUCUGUGGCACUGACAAGCAAUAUGGGAAUUUGUCUUUUUAUUUUAUUUUAAAGCAUCUCAAUGCCGUCAUUUGCUCCUUGCUGCAUUAUAUUGGAAAGGAAAAACACAUACGUUAAUUUUCUAAGGUGGUAUUAAAACAGCUACUGUGAACUUAUUACUUUUGUAUGAAUCAUAUUAUGCUUUUAAUAUAUAUGGAUAUAUUGUAAUCAUUAUAUCUUGUGGUUUUGUAAAUGUUGGCUGUCACGAUCGCCCCUUCACUAGAUCCUGCUAGACUUGGUCUGAUGUUCACCACAACUCUCUGGCCGUGCUGAUUUCACACCCAUCUAACUUGCUCCCUCUGCUGGCCGUGCUGAUUUCACACCCAUCUAACUUGCUCCCUCCGCUGGUUCCACUUCUCUGUUGCUUCAUGCUGCAAGCUGCUAUAUGGGGUAAAACAAGACAAGUAACAAUAUAUUGUGUCCGAGUUGAGCUGAAUUACAAAGUGACUGUGUCCUGUAAAGCAUAACUUAUACUCUGAGAAUUUUGAUCUUUGUGAUAUGCCCCAUUGUAUUUUUUUAAGCUCUUCAUUUAUGACUAACAAAAGAUUACAAGGAUGCCAUCAUAUACCUUUUUGUCAUAAUGAGAGCUCCUGAAGUCGCCAUGCAGCCUCUCAAUGCCUUUCUCUAUACUGACACCCCCCCGCAUUGCUUGACUGUGCUGGUGUGUGAAACUAUUCAAUGUUGUGUAUGGUGUAGUUUGAUUUUGCCAAAUACACUGAAGUCCCGCAUGGGGGGAAAAUUUCAUCACAUAUUGAAUUUUGAAAUUCUCAAUGUGGUUUACACAUUUUUGCCAGGCCCCAGUUAAGGUUAAUAUCCAAACCCUACCAUCAGUUUGGCCCCAAGGAAAUAGAUAUGGGCUGUUUUUUAUUCACCCGACAACUUGCUCUAACAAUAAUUACAUUUCUGCACAAAUUCAUUGACAGCUUGAAAUUAAAGGUAUCUUGAGCUGUCUCGCCACACAAAGCAGGGGGAUACUGACUUAUGAAGUUUUACCAAAGACUUAAGCUCAUUACUUAGCAUUUUACAGUGUCUUCAUAGGAGUACAUGGUGUUGAAAUUCCUCCUCAGAGGUGAUGACAAAAUGGCUGAUUGCUUUUUUAUUUUUGUUCUUUAUUUACGAGCUCAGUGACUGGACUAGAUUUAAUGCCAUUUGGGAUCUGUGCUUGUGCAUCAAAGUUGAACAUUCAUAAUAAUCUUCUCAAUUAAACUUAAUCUGAGGUAAAUGCUAGAGGAAAACAUGUAACUUUUUGUAGGUUGAUUGAAGUUAUGAAUUCAUCUCUCCGUGGAAUGAAGAAACAAGGCAUUCAAUGUGUACCAUUGUUAUGAACUUUAUCACUAUGUUAUUAAUGUUGUUUUGAUGUCCUUUGUCUCCUUGCCGGGAGGCUGUUGAAUUACGUCACAACUCUCCAACAUUUGGGGUUAACGACAUAUUCAUUCCUUUAUCACAAAAACAGACUUCUGUGGGAAGCACUACAUGUUCUUUUUGGUUUGUUUUCUUUCAUGUUGUCCUGUGCAGUUCAUGUUGUUUUGUUUGGGAGCUUUGCUCUUAUCCAGCGCGCUUAAUCAAUAUCAACAUUAGUAUAACCACAGCUUUCUGUGUGUACAGUUUAUUGCUUCUAUAACCAACCAUCUCUUUAAACAACUUUGUAUCUAUGGUAUAUAAUCAUAGAAUUUUAUAUUUUCAUAUAAAUCUAUUUUGUUUUCUAGGUCCAAGUCCCCCUUUUUCUUUCUUCUGGUGAACAUGUGGAAACCAAGUCUGUCUCCAUGCAUUGUGCUAUCUCCAUCACAUUCCAGAACAAGGCAAUGCCUCACAUUAACCAAGGCAGUGAUUGUGAUAUUCUUUUUUGCCCAUUUUUGUUUGAUUUUUUCUUUACAAUUUGACACUUCUGCUGCACAGUUCUGUGCAAUAGAGCAGCUGUUGUAAAUCACUGAAUAAGUUUGUCCCAUUCACCGACCUAAGAGGGGGCGGCUGUCGCCUCCUCUUUCGUAAUCUGAAAUAACACAAAACAAAGAAAAACUUUUUUUGUUUUGGUUUCUUUUUUGUUCUCUUUUUUUUCGUUGAAAGCUAUAUCAAAGCAUUCUAUUAUAGUGUUAUUUAAUAUGUAAAUUGUAUUGCUAUACAUAAAAUAAAAUAUGGGUUUUGAUGUACUUUAAGCAAA